CCUCUUACCCACACACCACGAACACUGCCUGACUAUUUCCGUAUAGAGGUCGAAUGCAUGUGCCAGGACAUUUACCAAACAGCAUUUUAGUACGGUUUAGACUUUAGCCGAACGGUCUGGCCUAUCCACUAUAAGUCUCUGCUUAAUCGGCUUUUUGAAUCCGGUACUCGCUCCAAGGGCCCAUCAAAAUAGAAACGAACAAGUGGGCGAGUUCCGGAGAGAAAAAAAAAUUGUUGAAAACAUUCCAUACUUUAUCUAUGAAUAAUUAAACCGUACUCAGUGAAAGAAACUUUGGACAAUAUUCACUCGAGAAGACAGACUGAUUGACUAUACUAGGAAAAAAAAACAGAAUCUUUUUUUUUUCUUUUGAAAAAAGAAACAAUAAUUUUAAUCAAAGAAUAAAAAUACUCUUUUAAUUAUUAUACAAAUAAAUAUCUAGGGAGCCAAAGGAACAUAAAUCCUUCAAAAUGUACUCGAUUCGAAAAGCCAAUAAAGUGCUUUCCAGGCACAGAGAGACACUACAAAUUUUAAAUAUUGCACAACAAAAGAAUUUUAGUACUGUUGAAUAUAAACCAAUUCGCAGCGUUCUUGUCGCAAAUCGAGGAGAAAUUGCAAUUCGUGUCUUCCGAGCAUGCACGGAACUUGGAAUUCGAUCAGUUGCCAUUUAUUCCGAGCAGGACAAAAUGCAAAUGCACCGACAAAAAGCUGAUGAGGGCUACAUGGUUGGACGAGGACUGCCUCCCGUUCAGGCCUAUCUAAAUAUUCCAGAAAUCAUCAAAGUUGCCAAAGAAAAUAAUGUCGACGCCAUUCAUCCAGGUUAUGGUUUUCUAUCCGAAAGAUCUGACUUUGCACAAGCUGUUGUCGACGCGGGAAUCAGAUUUAUUGGCCCUAGUCCGAAAGUCGUUCAGCAAAUGGGAGACAAAGUGGCAGCAAGACAAGCAGCAAUUGCAGCCGGUGUACCAAUAGUUCCAGGAACCGAUGGUCCAGUAACGACAGCCGACGAGGCAAUGGAAUUCUGCAUGAAACAUGGACUUCCGGUUAUCUUCAAAGCUGCCUACGGAGGUGGAGGACGAGGUAUGAGAGUUGUUAGACAAAUGGAGGAAGUUAAAGAAAUGUUCGAAAGAGCAUCAUCAGAAGCAAAAGCCGCAUUCGGAAAUGGUGCAAUGUUCAUUGAAAAGUUCAUUGAAAGGCCAAGGCACAUUGAAGUUCAACUUCUCGGUGACAAUGGUGGAAAUGUUGUCCACUUGUACGAAAGAGAUUGUUCCGUUCAAAGACGUCAUCAAAAGGUUGUGGAAAUUGCUCCAGCUCCAAGUUUGGAUCCAAAAGUCAGAAACAAAAUGACAGACCACGCGGUGAGAUUGGCCAAACAUGUUGGUUACUCAAACGCUGGUACUGUCGAAUUUUUGGCCGACGAGACGGGAAAUUUCUAUUUCAUUGAAGUCAAUGCCAGGUUACAGGUCGAGCAUACUGUAACUGAAGAAAUUACAGGAAUUGAUUUGGUCCAAUCGCAAAUUCGAAUUGCUGAAGGAAUAACUCUACCGGAAAUGGGAAUGACACAGGAAAAUAUAAAACCCCAGGGAUAUGCCAUACAAUGUCGAGUUACAACUGAGGAUCCAGCAAAAAGUUUCCAACCCGACACGGGAAGAAUUGAAGUAUUUCGAUCUGGCGAGGGAAUGGGAAUACGUUUAGACGGUGCUUCUGCUUUCGCUGGUGCCAUUAUUUCACCCUAUUACGAUUCCUUACUCGUUAAGGUAAUUGCUCACGCCGCCGAUCUACAAUCAUCAUGCGCAAAAAUGAAUCGUGCCCUAAGAGAAUUUCGAGUUCGUGGUGUAAAGACGAAUAUUCCAUUUUUAUUAAAUGUCCUCGAAAAUCAAAAAUUCCUCAAUGGAAAUGUUGACACUUAUUUUAUCGAUGAAAAUCCUCAGCUAUUUCAAUUUCAACCGAGUCAAAAUCGAGCACAAAAAUUAUUAAAUUAUUUGGGAACUGUUCUCGUUAAUGGUCCCAGUACUCCACUAGCAACAAAUUUAAAACCAGCUGAAAUUCGACCAUACGUUCCACAAAUUGCAAUUGACUUUGCUAAGCUUGCAGCAGCCGAGGAAUCUAGCGAUGAGGACCUACCAGGACUUCUAGAUCCACCGAAAGGUUUUCGACAAAUUCUGAAGGAAAAGGGACCAGAGGCUUUUGCUAAAGCUGUUCGUGAACACAAAAGUCUGCUAUUGAUGGACACAACUUUUAGGGACGCUCAUCAAUCACUUCUGGCAACUAGAGUGAGAUCUCAUGAUUUGCUCAUGAUUUCUCCAUUCGUCGCUCAUAAAUUCAGCAAUCUUUACGCACUGGAGAAUUGGGGUGGAGCAACGUUUGAUGUGGCUUUGAGAUUUUUGCACGAAUGCCCAUGGGAGCGUUUAGAAGAUAUGAGAAAAGCUAUUCCAAAUAUACCAUUCCAAAUGCUACUCCGAGGUGCUAAUGCCGUUGGCUAUACAAAUUAUCCCGACAAUGUUGUCUACAAAUUUUGCGAACUCGCCGUUAAAACUGGAAUGGAUAUUUUCCGAGUCUUCGAUUCAUUGAAUUAUCUACCGAAUCUCAUUCUUGGUAUGGAGGCUGCUGGUAAAGCAGGUGGAGUAGUGGAAGCAGCAAUUUCCUACACUGGAGAUGUGAGUGAUCCAUCGAGGACAAAAUAUGAUCUGAAAUACUACACGAAUUUGGCUGAUGAAUUGGUGAAGGCUGGAACGCACGUUCUGUCAAUUAAGGACAUGGCUGGACUUUUGAAACCAAGAGCUGCUGGUCUACUUAUUGAUGCCAUUAGACAAAAACAUCCGGAUAUUCCGAUUCACAUUCACACUCACGAUACAGCAGGAGCUGGUGUUGCCUCUAUGCUGGCCUGCGCUCAAAGUGGAGCUGACGUUGUUGACGUUGCUGUCGACAGCAUGUCCGGAAUGACGAGCCAGCCAUCAAUGGGAGCCAUUGUCGCAGCCCUUCAAGACACACCACUGGACACGAAUUUGGAACUAAGUGACAUUUCGGAGUACUCAGCCUAUUGGGAGCAGACACGAACCCUGUACGCUCCAUUCGAGUGCACGACAACAAUGAAAUCAGGCAAUGCCGACGUCUAUCUCAACGAAAUUCCCGGAGGACAAUACACGAAUCUUCAAUUCCAGGCCUAUUCCCUAGGUCUUGGGGAAUUCUUCGAGGACGUGAAAAAAGCCUAUCGUGAAGCGAAUAUCCUCCUUGGCGAUGUUAUCAAAGUGACUCCCAGUUCGAAAGUCGUGGGUGAUCUCGCACAGUUCAUGGUUCAGAACAAAUUAACAGCCGACGAUGUUCUCAGUAAAGCUGAAGAGUUAUCAUUUCCAAAAUCAGUUGUCGAAUUCCUUCAGGGAGCAAUUGGAGAACCGUAUAAAGGAUUUCCUGAACCUCUACGAUCCAAAGUCCUCAAGGAUAUGCCACGAGUGAAAGGAAGACCUGGAGCAAAUCUUCCACCGCUCGAUUUUGAGAAAGUGAAGAAGGACGUUAGAGAAUUGCAUCCACAGGCUACGGACAGGGACGUCAUGUCUGCAGCUCUCUAUCCUGAAGUGACGAAUGAUUAUCUUACGUUUAAGGAAUCUUUUGGACCUGUCGACAAACUUGACACGAGGAUAUUCUUGACCGGGCCUAAAGUUGGCGAGGAAUUUGACGUGACGAUCGAAAAGGGAAAAACAUUGGGUAUCAAGACGCUGGCAAUGUGCGAAGAUCUCACGGCUAAUGGAGAACGAGAAGUUUUCUUUGAAAUGAACGGUCAAUUGAGAUCAGUCUUCAUCAAGGAUAAAGAAGCUGUUAAGGAACUUCAUUUCCAUCCAAAGGCCAACAAAGCAGAUAAAAGUCAAGUUGGCGCACCAAUGCCAGGCUCAGUAAUUGACAUCAGGGUGAAAGUUGGCGAUACAGUAGAAAAAGGAGCAGCUCUAGUUGUACUAUCAGCAAUGAAAAUGGAAAUGGUUGUCCAAGCACCAAAAGCAGGAAAAAUAAAAACCCUCGACAUCACACAAGGAAUGAAAUUAGAAGGCGAAGAUCUUCUCCUAACAAUGGAAUAAAAUUUUUCAAAUUAAAAAAGAAGAGAUUUUUCCUUAACGAGCCAGUCUCGUCGUCACACAAACACACAAACACAAAAGUUUAGAAACUUUUUCUUAAAUGAAAAGUGAAUAAUUGAAUUGAAUUGAAUUGAAUUGAAUAUCAAAUCAUUUAAGAUACAAGAUAUCUAUGAAAGACUAAACUUGUAUAAUGAAUUUCGGAGAAGAAAACGAAAGAACGAAACAAAUAACGCAAAUGUAAUUAUUUAUAGACGAACAAUUUUAUAGAAGUCAAUUAAUAAUUUUGUCCAAUAUCGCAAUUUACAAGUCGUCAGAAUUCGAAAGAAAAUAGAGUAGAAAUUUUGUAAAUUUUUAAAGCGAAUAUUUCUCACAGUCUUUUUUUUAAAGGUUCUAUUUAAAUAAACUAAGCGAGGAAUUGAAUAAAAAA